UUGUGGAGUGAUGUGGGUGGGAAGGUCAUCCACCUGGUGGAGCGGGCCCCCCCGCCCCCCUCCCAGCCGGGCUCCGGGUCGGGGGGCUCCUCGGCCGACAGCGGGCCGUCCUCCUCCUCCCCUGGAGCCCCGCAGCCGCCUCCCCACGACCGAAACGCCAACAGCUACGUGAUGCUGGGCACCUUCAACCUGCCCGUCAACAUCAUGGACCCCCAGCAGAUUCAGGUGGGUCCGCUCAGGCCCGGGACUCCCUCAGGCUCUUUGUGUUGA